CACACACACACACACACACACACACACACACACACUGUAAAGAUGCAAAAACGUAAUAUCCAUGAAGAUCCUAUUACCUAGGAAGACUCGGCUGUUUUGCUGCGAAUGCGGUGUUGGGAUUUAUUUGUUCUUGGAGUGUUCUGCAUGGCUGGUAAAGAAUAAUGUUCCAAAAUCGGUCCAUCUCCCAAGGGGUCCAAUUUUUCUUCCCGGGUGUCAGCGAGCCCUGACUCACUACACUGCAGCUGACAGGGGCUGUCAUGCAGGCGGCCCCUAAGCCAAAGCAAAAGACCUAAGGACGGCCUUUGAACAAUACAAAGGAUGGGUUUCAAUGUAAUCAGGCUACUGCGCGGUUCGGCGGUAGCAGCGGUUCUGGCCCCCACUGUUUUACUGACAAUGCUUUCCUCUGCUGAACGAGGAUGCCCUAAGGGUUGUAGGUGCGAAGGCAAAAUGGUCUACUGUGAAUCUCAGAAACUGCAGGAGAUCCCUUCAAGCAUAUCAGCCGGUUGCUUGGGCUUAUCCCUUCGCUACAACAGCCUCCAAAAACUUAAGUAUAAUCAAUUCAAAGGGCUCAACCAGCUCACCUGGCUCUACCUUGACCAUAACCAUAUCAGCAAUAUUGACGAGAAUGCUUUCAAUGGGAUACGCAGGCUCAAAGAGUUGAUUCUGAGUUCCAACAGAAUCUCUUAUUUUCUUAACAACACCUUCAGACCUGUGACCAAUUUGCGGAACUUGGAUCUGUCCUAUAAUCAGCUCCAUUCUCUGGGAUCUGAACAGUUCCGGGGCUUGAGGAAGCUGCUGAGUUUACACCUCCGCUCCAACUCCCUGAGAACCAUCCCGGUGCGGAUCUUCCAAGACUGUCGCAACCUGGAACUUCUGGACCUGGGCUAUAACAGGAUCCGAAGUUUAGCCAGGAACGUCUUUGCGGGUAUGAUCAGGCUCAAAGAACUUCAUCUGGAGCACAAUCAAUUUUCCAAGCUCAACCUGGCGCUUUUCCCAAGGUUGGUAAGCCUUCAGAACUUGUACAUGCAGUGGAAUAAAAUCAGCGUCAUAGGGCAAACCAUGUCCUGGACUUGGAGUUCCCUACAGAGGCUUGACCUAUCUGGGAAUGAGAUCGAAGCCUUCAGUGGACCCAGUGUCUUCCAGUGCGUCCCCAACCUGCAGCGCCUCAACCUGGAUUCCAACAAGCUCACAUUUAUUGGUCAAGAGAUUCUGGAUUCUUGGAUCUCUCUCAAUGACAUCAGUCUUGCUGGGAAUAUAUGGGAAUGCAGCAGGAAUAUCUGUUCCCUGGUAAACUGGCUGAAAAGUUUUAAAGGGCUGAGAGAGAAUACAAUUAUCUGCGCCAGUCCCAAAGAGCUGCAGGGGGUCAACGUGAUCGAGGCAGUGAAGAACUACAGCAUCUGUGGCAAAAGCACCACCGAGAGGUUUGACCUAGCCAGGGCGCUCCCCAAGCCCACGUUUAAGCCCAAGCUUCCCAGGCCGAAGCACGAGAGCAAGCCUCCGCUGUCCCCCACGGUGGGAGCUACGGAACCCAGCCCAGAGACAGAUGUGGACACGGAGCACAUCUCCUUCCAUAAGAUCAUCGCGGGCAGCGUUGCCCUUUUCCUGUCGGUGCUGGUCAUCCUCUUGGUGAUGUACGUGUCCUGGAAGCGGUACCCCGCCAGCAUGAAGCAGCUGCAGCAGCGCUCCCUCAUGCGAAGGCACCGGAAGAAGAAACGGCAAUCGCUCAAGCAAAUGACUCCCGGCACCCAGGAAUUUUAUGUAGAUUAUAAACCCACCAACACGGAGACCAGCGAGAUGCUGCUGAACGGAACGGGACCCUGCACCUAUAGCAAGUCAGGCUCCAGGGAAUGUGAGAUACCUUUAUCAAUGAAUGUGUCCACCUUUCUGGCAUACGACCAGCCCACAAUAAGUUACUGUGGGGUCCAUCAUGAACUUCUCUCCCAUAAGUCCUUUGAAACGAACGCACAGGAAGACACGAUGGAAAGCCACCUAGAGACUGAGCUGGACUUGAGCACAAUCACAUCAGCUGGCCGCAUCAGUGACCAUAAACCACAGCUGGCUUGACCGAGCCAAGCGGUCGCCCAGACUUGCUACCAAACUGUAACCUCAACCACAGAGAGAGGAAAUUUUGUUCAUUGCAACUCUCAAAAUCAAAGCAAAACAAAAAGUUCCCUGUUCAAAUAAACAAAAUUCCAAGAUUGGUUCAUGAAAUAAAUGAAGACAUGAAUUGUUUCAAGUCUAUACUUUGUAACUAGCUAAGUUGUGCAGUAUUUUUUUGACUUUGACAGAGAAUGGCCCUGAAAAAAAAAAACAAUUUUUUUCCAAAACUCAUCCUACCUAUGUGUAAAAAUUGUACAGCGCUAAUGUAUUUUUUCAUAUUAUAAAAUUUCAAUUCUAGGAACAACUGGUAUGUACAGUACCAUAAUUUAAUUAUGCUUUACUUUACACCUUUCCGUUUCUAAAAUUUUAAAUUAACAAACAUUAUUUCUUGUGUUCUUGAGAGUUACUCGGUUUUGUAGGGGCUGUUUUGUUACUGCGUUUGUGCCCAGAAACCUGUGCUGUGCGAACAAUGCACGAUUUUUAUCAUUAUCACGCUUACUGCAUAGAAUUUUAUCUUCUUGUUCCAGAAAUAAUACAUUAACCAAAAAAGGUUUUAAUUGUUCAGACGUGUAAGAGGUUCUUCAAUUACAUAGACAGGUCUUUCUUAUAAAUGAAAAAAAAAUCAGAUUUUUUUAACAGUUCUAAGACUUAACUGUUGCCUUGAAUUACAGCCUAGUUUCUAAGCAGUGAAAUGUAAUGAUAAAGAGGGAUAUUUUAACAAAGUAUUUCCGAAUGAAUGACUCAUUAUUUCAUUCUUUUGAGUAGCCAUUGUUAAGGGUAGGGGAAAGCAUGGACCAAACAUCACUAGAAACAAAGGUCGUAACCACAGCAACAGACUUUGAUACACUUCAAAGGGGCAGCUACAGUGACAAAGAAAACUUCCGUUAUAUCUCCUUCUUGUCAGACCAAGGUGGGAUGACACGGUAUAAUUGUACAGUAGCAAUUUUUUUCUCUUAAUUAACCCAAAGUGGUUUUAUCUAAAAAUAACCACAAGUCAUUUCAAACCGUGCCUGGUUCUUAAGGCAAGUUUUCAUUUAGAAGGUAAAACUAUAUUUGGGGAAUAUCUCAAAGGAAAAAUACAGAAUUUUUCUUAUUGUGUACCACACCCAAGAAAGAACAUUAAAAAUCUAGUUCUUUCAGUAUAGAAGUGCUUAGUGGAGAAAACUCACUACAGAAUAGACUGCAACAGUCUACAGUUCCCUUGUUCAUGCUGUUCAUUUGGGGAUUUGGCUACAAAUUAUCCAAAACAAUUAGCAAGUAAUGUUAGACAUCAAUCUAAAUCACAUAUUGGUUACAUGAUUGCGUUUUAAAUUAAAAUCAAAUUAAGAAAACCUGAAUUUUCCACAGCUGAAAUGACAACUUGUAUCUCUAGUCUACCUGACAGGUUAUUGUUGGAAAUAUUAGUUUGUCCAUGAUAAUCACAUAGUUUUGAAUGUUUGGAUAUAAAACUGCAAGUGUCAAUCACGGUUAUGUGAAGAGAAGCAUUGUUUUUCAUGGUUUAACAAUAUUCAUGACAUCAGAAGUAAAGGACAAAACCGUCAGUCUAACAGCGGUCAAACCAAUCAAAAAUGAUAGAGAAAAACAGGAAACGAAAAACGUUGUCAAACUUAAUUUUUUACCUCCUCUUAAGAAACACUUUCUGUAUGCACACAGUUUCACACAGACUGAUCACAGCAAAUUUAAAAACAACACUAGGAAGAAAGAAUUUCAAAAUUAUAAAACAAUUAUCUGCUGGAAAAAAGAGGGGGUAAGCAAAAUAAUAGAAGCAUCAAUUUUAAUGUAACUACAAAUGUGUCAAAUAUUUAGCAUCCCAGAUUUUGUAACAUAUUUUGCAUAAGUUAUUUACUAUUCAAUAUUUUUGUUAUUUAAGUCUAAUUUGAAUCUUAAUUGUUUUCCAGUUUCUUGUUUCUUUGCAAUGUAUUAUUCUGAUUGUUCUUGAUCCCUUACACUGAGAUUUCGCUCUGAACAAAAUUUAAACUGGGUUACAAAUCUAUUCUUUGUGAGUCUGGAAUCAAAUGGAAUUUUAUUAUAUAAACCAAAAUGUUAUUUGCAACUUUUUCAUUAGAAGUCAUUCUCCCAAGGAUCCAAAAAAAAGCAUUAAUUUGUAAAACUAAGCACCUUCAAACUUUUCCCAGAUGCUUCACAAGUUGACAAAUAAUUUAAAAAAGAAAAAAAAAAAGAACCUUAAGACUCCAAAGGAGCCUUACAAAUGUAUACCCUUCAUUUCCUGAUGCAAAGCACUUUCUUUAAACAUUUUAAUAUAUCAUUUUUGCAAAUUCUUUGAGAAUCUCAUCUGUGCAUACAGUGUAUUUUGAUCAUAUUCACCCCCAACACAUCCCCAGCUCUCCUAGAUCUAUCCUUGCCUGCAUCCCCAAAGCCCUUACACACAAACACACACACACACAC